CAGAAGUAAAACCUCUGCAGGAACAACCCACUGCAACACUUUCAGAGUCCGGUUCUGAUCCAAAACACUUUUAUAUGGGAGCAAACAGAGAGGAGGUUCUGCGCAGCUUUUGUUCUUCAGAGGAGGAGAAAACAGCAGCAGAGAAGUUCCUCCGACAGCUGGUUCAGAUUCCUGCUCGAGUCUGGAGACCAAACAGAAGCAGGAGGAGCUUUUUCCACAUAUUUAAGUUUUCAGCAGGGAGAAACUGCUCAGAAGCCAGAUGGAGCGGUCCAGUUUGGGCAUAUUCUGGUCCAUAAAUCAGUUACCAGGGGAGGUGAAGUGUCUAGAAAGGCCACCAGGGGGCAUCAUUAAAGACACCAGGACCAGAGCAAAGGCUGUGAUGGUGAACAGCAGGGUGGAGGCACCCACCGUGGCGGUGAUGGGCGGCGCCGGCGGGGCGGUGGCCGGCAGGUCGUGUGCAGGAUGUGGAGGACGGAUCUCGGACCGCUUCCUGCUCUUCUCCAUGGAACGCUACUGGCACACCCGCUGCCUGAAGUGCUCCUGCUGUCACGCCCAGCUGGGCGAGUACAGCAGCAUCUGCUACAGCAAAGGUGGCAUGAUCCUCUGCAAGAACGACUACAUCAGACUCUUUGGACACAGUGGCGCCUGCAGUGCCUGUGGACAGUCCAUACCUGCCAGUGAGAUGGUGAUGCGAGCUCAAGGCAGCGUUUAUCACCUGAAGUGUUUCACCUGCGCCACCUGCAGGAACCGUCUGGUCCCUGGCGAUCGCUUCCACUACAUCAACGGGACGAUCUUCUGCGAACAUGACCGACCUGGAGGAGUUCUGCUGAGUGGACACUCUGCUCCACUGCAGACCAACGGCAUCAUGUCGGAUCAGAAGGUGUGCUGAGGAAGAUGAUGGGGAAACCACACGUGCCUUCUCCUUCCCAGUCUUAUUGAUCUCCAUCCUCCAACGCCCUCCUGCUCCUCAGCAAACCCAAUAAACUGCUUUCUCCUGAGAAGGCUUUGAAGAUGGACCAGUCCAAUGUGAGGCUGAAAGGUGAAGAAGAUGCAGGAAGUUGCUGUGGAUUCAUGGAUCCCACCAGUUGGGCCUGACAUUCCUGUCUGACUUGUGUGACUGCAGAGGAAUCCUUUCCACCAUCCAGCAGGUUAAAGUGGAAACUCAACAGGACUCCCAGAGCAAAGUGACUGCUGCAAGCAGUUACUGCAGAAAUCUGAUGCAGAACCUUUUAACUCUGAAUCGGACUCUGCAUCUGAAUCUGUUCCUUUUGUUGUAAAUAAAACUUGUUUCCAUCUUCAGUUCAGGAGGCAACAUAACAAGAACAUCUUCUAAGGUCUGAUUUACCAGGAAAUAAUUAAAACAUGAAACUUUAUGUGGACUUGAAAUGAAGUAGAUGCAGUUGUGAAACAGGUUGAGGUUUGAACUUUGACUGGGCCAUUGCAGGACUUUGAUUCUAUUCUGUUUCAGCAUUUGUAGACUCACAUCUUCAAGUGAUGGACAUAUGGAUUCACAUUUGAAUACUUUGGUACACAGAGGAGAUCAUGGUUCACUCAAUGACGGCAAGGUGCCCAGGUACUGUGGCUGAAAAACAAGCCCAAGUCAUCAUACCUCCGCCACCAUGCUUGACAGCAGGUAUGAGGUGUUUGUACUGAUCUGCUGGGUUUGGUUUCCUCCAAACAUGGUUCUACACAUUAUGGUCAAACAUCUUUACUUUGGUCUCAUUUGUUCAGAGAACAUUGUCCCAAAGUCUUGUCCUAUGUUCAGAUGUAGCUUUGCUAACCUAAGUCCUGCUGCCAUCUUGUUUCUAGAGAAAAGAGGCUUCCUCCUACAACCCUUCCAAGCAGCCAUGCUGGUUCAGUGUUUUUCUAACUGUCCUGUUAUGACCUUUAACCUUUAACCAGCUAACCGAGGUCUGUAGAGUCUGAGAUGGAGCUCUCGGGUUUUGGGUCAUUUCUCUAAGCUUCACGCUCUGACCUUGGGACGUCCACUCCUGGGAAGGUUGGCAGCUGUCUGAGAUGUUUUCCUCCUGGGAAUAAUCUUCCUCUGUAGAAUGAUGGACUUCAGAUGGUUUGCAGAUGACCUUCUAACCCUUCCCAGGUUGAUGUGCAGCUAAAGUUAUUGAUCUGAAGGUCAUUGCUGAUGACUUUGUCUUGGCGUUGUGUUAAUGCACAUCUGCUUCUAUAGAAAUCGUCUCUCUGAAGAUGAUCAGUUAUUUAAUGCAUUUAAUCAGCAGCUUCUGGCUGAUACUUCCCCCCUAAAUCUAAAGGAAGCAACAAGAGUGACGUUUUCUUUUUUGGUUGAAUUUUUAAAUCCUUUUCAAGCAAAUUUGUGAAAUCGUCUCCAUUAAAAGAAAUCCUACAAAUAAAAUGUUUUUUUCUUGAAUGCUCUGAUACUUGGGAACUCUAACACCUUUCAACUGACCUUUAAGCACAAAUAUUCCAUAAAUUGUUGAAGACUUUAUAAAAUAAAUAUAGAUUCCAUCCAGUGUUAGUAAGGACUAGUUUUUAAUGGUUGUCCUAACGCUGAUUGUUUUUCCUGUUUGUCAACCUUCUCAGUAUAGAAAGGAACGUUUUGCAGUCAUGAAAGAGUAAAAAUGACCAGACUAAAGUGUUUUGGGUGGUCUAAAACAUGCAUGCAUGGCAGUCAGGUGUGCGUGACGUUUUUCCAAGAAAGUUGUUUCUCUAAACUUAGAAAACCAGGCUGAGAAGAAGUGAUUUCCUUCUCUGUGUUUCUACCAUGAUGAGCGUUUGACCAACGCUGAGCCGGCAGCUCUGAGCUGGAGCCACUUCAGGCCGACGGCUCAGAAAGAAACGCUCGUGUUUCCUAGACAAACAUGGCUGAUUACCCGCAGGAAUGGGAUUUCAAAGGCCUGAGCUGAGACCAUUACAGAACCAAUUAAAGUGGGAUGCACUGGAGGCCUACACGGGCUUUAGAUGCACUCCUGUGUUGUAGCCUAAUGAGGUCUAAUCUGGUGAGGCGGGCUAAUUAAAAAGGAGGGAAGGUUUUCUGUGGGCAGCCGGCAGUUUGGAUCCAUGAAUUGUUUUCAACCAUAAAAACUUUGUGAUCCUCUUUUAAAUCUAAAUUAAAACAUCUGAACCUCGA